GAGGAAACAAACGGUCCGGCAAGCUCGAACACAAUCCGAUCCCCAUUUCCACCUCCUCCCCCAUUUCAACCAGUCCCCUCCCCUGAACCUCCGCCCCCUAAUUAAAUCCGGCCGCGGCCGCCGCCGUCUCCGCAGCCGCCGUGAUAGCGUAACCUCCGCGCCGCCCCUCGCCUCCGCACUUCAAAUCCUCCCCUCCCCGUCACCGAUUAGAGGAACGCCCAGUCCGAUUCCGAGCCCAAACCCUAGCCGCCCCCGCCAUGAAGGCGUCAAUCAAGUUCCGCGACGACGACCGGCCGCUGCUGCGGGCCAAGGUGCCGGUCGGCGUGCUGGGGCUGCCCUUCCUCUCGGGCCUCGCGGCUGGGGGCGACGCCAAGGACCUCCACUUCGACCUCUCCACGGCGUUCCCCUCCGGCCCGGCGCUCCGCCUCUCGUACCGCCCCAACGACCCGCUCCAGCCCUUCGCGCUCUCCGUCCGCACGGGGCUCGGCCCGAUGGGGUCCCCGGCGCGCGCGCCCUUCGCGCUCGCCGCCGAGUUCAACCUACUCUCCUCCAACGCGCCCGCCUUCUCGCUCCACUUCAAGCCCCGGAUCGGGGACUUCGGCCUCGCCAGCUCCGUCCGCUCCCCGAUGCCGCCACCGCCGCCGCCGGCUGCGCCAGCCCAGCCGCCGCUGGCGAUCAAGAUGGCCGACCUCACCACCAACGGCGACGGCCACGAACGCGACCGCGACGCGCACGUCAACGGGUUCACCUUCGCCGGGAACGGGUUUGCGGCGAACGUCGCGGCAGCUGCGGGGAGGGGCGGCGGCGGGGUGGGCGCGCUGCUGUCCGGGAUGCAGCUCACCACCAGGAGCGUCCUGCCGCUGUGGAACAAGGCGAGCCUGCGGUUCCACUGGGGCCUGCGUGUGCCUCCGGAACUCAAGGCCGCACUCGCUGACGACGGGUACGGGCGCAAGGCCAGUAGCCUCGCCAUCAGCAAGAUGCCGCUGCUGGUGAUGAAUAAGAUCACCAUUGAGCAUACGCCCAAGACACCUUCACAGUCUGAAACGGACAGGAAGAGGAAGAAAGACGCGCCAGCAGCAGGCGAGCCAGAGGAAUUCUCAUUGAUGAAGAGGCAGCUCGAGGCGCUGAGCACCGAGAGCACAAUGCUGCGGCGUGCCGUAGAGGACCUGCAUGCUGAGGUCGGUGCCGGCAAAGGCGAUGUUCGCAGGCUGACAGCAGCACUGCCUCCUCCUCAACAGCCAUUCGUGUCGAAACCGGAUCGCCAUUUCCAUGGCAGUGGGAAGGAACUGGUUGACAGUGGACCGAAACCAGCCUCAGAUGAAGCAAGCGAGGGGUUGAAGAAGGCGCUUGAGGCCCGCCGGAAGUGAGGAACUCUGCUAGGUCUUGCUGACAUUGCAUGCUCUGCAAUUUGACAUGGCUGCUGCUUUUGCCGUGUCAAGUUUUAUGCUUAAUAAUAGACUACUAAGGGCAGUUUACAUCCCUGGCUGGAAGCAAGUGAGGUUGCCUAAUGUGAUUUAAUAGCUUUGCGUCAGUUUUGUUUCAUUCGGUUGUGUUAGGAUAUUAUCCUGUAAUGUAUAAAUUCUUGUUUCUUGAUUCUGAAUGAAUGGAUGAUUAGUUUUUCUUUCCA